AUGAGUGAUUCAGAUGAUGAUAUUUUUAAAAAGAAGAAGCCAAGCAAAAAGAAAAUUGAGCAAUAACAAAAAUAAAAACAACCCUAACAAGUUGAAUAACAACCACAAUAACUCAAAUAAGAACUAAAUCAACCAUAAUAACAAUUAAACAUUCACAAGAAUCCAAAGGUGGUCAUCUAUUGCAAAGUUUGUACAUUCCCUGUUGAAUUCUGCUCAUAUUCUAAGGCUCCCCAAGAAUGCAAAGAAUGGUUAAAAACAUCAUUUAAAGAUCUUUAUGCAAAUUUAUAUCCCGAAGAUCUCAAAUUAGAAUAAGAAAAAUAGGCUGCUCAAUAACAACCUCAAUAAGAACAAUAAUAACAAUAAUAAGGCUAACCCCCUGAAAAAAAGAAAAAGAAGAAGGUCAAGGUGACUGAAAGCGAAAUGGUAUAUAUAAAGGUCAAGGAAAGAAACAGGAGCAAGUUCAUAACAACCUUAACAGGAUUAGAAAAACAUGGUCUUGAUAUCAAGGAAGCUUAAAAAAAAAUUAGUAAAAAAUUUGGUUGUGGUUCCUCAAUCAAUGAAAAAGGAGAUAUUGAACUACAAGGGGAUUUGAGCGCAGAAUUGGAGGAAUGGCUUCCAAAAGAAUAUCCAACAAUUAAAGAAGACAUGAUUGCAAUUCAAGAAAAAUGA